AUAUGAGUGGUAGUUACUGACCAUAUGAGUGGGAAUUACUGGCCAUAUGAGUGGGAAUUACUGACCAUAUGAGUGGUAGUUACUGACCAUAUGAGUGAUAGUUACUGACCAUAUGAGUGGGAAUUACUGGCCAUAAGAGUUGUGGAGUUACUGGCCAUAUGAGACGGAGUAACUGGCCGUACUAGAUUUUUAGAUCAUCAUUUCCAUACAAUAACUAAAAUCUCAAAGUUCACAAACUGCUUUCUUAUUGAAAGUGCUUACAUGGUAUUGCUUUUUCAAAGGUCACUGACUGUAAAAGGAAAAUUGCUCUCUGCCAGUUCCUGUUGAUUGAAUAAACAUAACAAAAUUAAAGAAGAGGUGGACAAACUGUUAGCUUUGAAAUGCCAAAUAAAAGGGGAUGCUCCUUCAUCAAAGAACUUUGUUCUGAAAUGUCCAAAGGGUACCAAGGACUACACGCCCCAACAGAUGGCCAUCAGGGAAAGCGUCUUCAACACCAUAAUCACUUGCUUCAAACGCCAUGGAGCAGAAACCAUUGACACACCUGUGUUUGAACUCAAGGAAACAUUGACCGGGAAGUAUGGUGAAGAUUCCAAGUUGAUUUAUGAUUUGAAAGAUCAAGGAGGAGAGCUCCUGUCACUUCGAUAUGAUCUGACUGUACCAUUUGCACGUUACCUGGCCAUGAAUAAAGUCAUGAAUAUCAAGCGUUACCACAUAGCUAAGGUGUAUCGCCGUGACAACCCAGCCAUGACACGAGGGCGGUUCCGUGAGUUUUAUCAGUGUGAUUUUGAUAUUGCCGGUCAGUAUGAUGCGAUGAUACCAGAUGCUGAAUGUAUAAAGAUUGUCACAGAAAUUUUAUCUAAAUUAGAACUUGGGGACUUCGUUAUAAAGGUCAACCAUAGAAAAUUAUUAGACGGUAUGUUUGCUGCAUGUGGUGUUCCAGAUGAUAAAUUUAGAACGAUAUGUUCCUCUGUUGACAAACUGGACAAGACAUUUUGGGAUGAUGUACGGACUGAGAUGAUUGAAGAGAAGAAAUUAGAUCCAGCAGCAGCUGAUAAAAUAGGGAUGUAUGUGAAGCUUCAAGGUAGCCAAGAUCUGAUAGACAAGUUGAUGCAAGAUGAUGCCAUAAAAUCACAGAAGUCAGCGGUGGAAGGCCUGCAGGAUAUCAGCCUUCUGCUUAAGUACUGUGAACUGUUUGGUAUAGCAGAUCAUGUCAGUUUCGACCUAAGUCUAGCUCGUGGUUUAGACUACUACACGGGCGUCAUUUACGAGGGAGUCCUCAAAGGUUUUACCCAUGACCCAAGUGCAAAGAAAGGAGAAGAGACUGUCUCUGUUGGUAGUGUGGCAGGAGGAGGAAGAUACGAUGGUCUUGUUGGCAUGUUUGACCCAAAAGGUCGCAAAGUCCCAUGUGUCGGUGUUAGUAUUGGCAUAGAGAGAGUGUUUGCUAUCAUGGAGGCUCGAGCAAUUGCUGCAAAGGCGAAGAUUAGAACAACAGAAACAGAAGUAUAUGUGGUGUCUGCCCAGAAAGGUCUGCUGGAGGAACGCUUAAAACUCUGUCGAGAGUUGUGGGAUGCAAAUAUCAAGACGGAGCAAGCUUAUAAGGCCAAUCCUAAGCCCCUGACACAGUUCCAGUACUGUGAGACAGCUGGUAUACCCCUAGCAGUUAUCAUAGGCCAGUCAGAGAUAGAAAACCAAUUUGUAAAGCUGCGAAACACUGUCACAAGGGAGGAGAAAAAUGUACCGAGGGACCAAAUGAUAAGUGAAAUAAAGUCGGAGUUGGAGAAGAUGACGUAGGAUCAGUGUGUUCAGAGAUUUUAACUUAUUAAAUGAGACUGUAUUGGAAAAAUGAUUUACCAUUUAGCCAACAUAUACUACUGUCUUUAACUGAUAUUCACACAAAAGUAUGUUAUUUUGCUUUAAUAUGUUUCCAAAGAUAUGUUUAAGAAUCAGUGGAGGUCAUUUGGGAGAAGACUUACAGGCUCAGGCCUGCUGUCUAAUCCUAUUGAUUGUUUAUAUCAAUAAAAUAUUCUGAAACUAAAAAAUGAGGUUAAUGAAUCAACAAUAGGGGAAUUUUGCCAUCAAAUUGAAUUCAACAGACUUUUGUUGUCGUUGGCUUAAGUAGGCCCUGCUCUCCAGAAAAUCCUGGAUGUUUGUUUUACUUAAAAUAAAGCAGAAUGUGUGAAUAAAUUAAGAUCAUUCUGAAUAUGAACUGUGUAUGUAGGAAAAUAAAUAUUGCAUGAGAUUAAA